UCCAGAAUUACUGCCACCCUCCAAGAGAAUAUGGGAAUAAGGUGGGAAUACAUCCUUGAUCAAGCAAAAAUUCUCACCAAUAAAGAAUAUUUGGACUAAAUGAAAACAAUUGCCAUUCAUGGUUGGUACUGCAAGGAGAUUGAGACAUCAAGACAGAAACGGUUGUGUGUGGGUUUUGCAAAGGCCAGCUAAUUUGAAGAAGGCGUUAACAUGAAAAAAAGUUUAAAUUAUAAGUGUUGCUAGAGCUAACUAUUACUUAUUAUUUAAUAGUUAGCUAUAAGCUAACUAUUAAAACCACUACCAUUACUAUUAUUAGUCCUUAAUCGUAUCCAUUAGACAUAACAUGCCAAGAAACAGAAGGCAACAAAUUACCAGUAGAGACCAACAUGGACCCUUACAGUUUCCAUUAAAACCAAUAUAAUUCCUAUUAUAACCAUUACAAAGUCUUUCUAUUUUUUUUUUUUUUUUUUUAAUUUUCAAUAGUGGAUACCACCUUAGUAAAUACUUCUGCUAUGUAUUCCGUAUGUUUUCGUAUAAAAAAAUUAUUAAUACACGUUGCCUCACGCGCGGGAUUAGCGCACGCGCGCGCGCACGCACGCACUCCAGCCAUCUCUCCAGCUCGACAGUGUGUUAAUGUUAAUGAGCUCUCCUUCUCCUCCGAGGAGUUUCUUCUGUGUCUGGCAACUGCGGCGUUUUCCAAACUUCAGGGAACAAGAACUUUAAAAACUGGAAACUUCUCCACCUUAUUUGCUUCACACACGGAGGGAAACUCCUGAAAGGUAGGACGCAGUUGUCCGUUUAUCCAAGAGGACAGACUUACUGUGUUUAUCAGCUGAAGGUUUGAAAUGAGCAGGCAAACAGCAAGGGCUUUAUCACACUGAAGUUUUCACUAAUUCUGUUUAAAAGUUCACUAAAUAGCCUACUGUAAACAAUACGUGUAUUGUGGUCUGAUUUACACAUCUUUAUUGGUUACAGGAUGCACUUACUGAAACUUCUCUGCUCUAAUGUCAUUGUCUUGAUUCAGCACUGCAUUGGAAAAGCUCUUGCCCUUAAUGUGGAAAUCAAAAGUUUAUGGGGAAAUGAGGAAGUUUAUUAUGAGUAUCAUUCAGCCAGGCUACGUUGGCAUGCAGUCAAUGAGUUGUGUAUUCAGCGGUCAGGAUCCCUGGCAGUCGUACGCAGUGCUGCAGAGAAACAAAACCUGACCGAUUUUCUACAGUCCUUGAACAUUUCAGAGCCGGUGUGGAUUGCAAGAAGAGCUCCUGAAAUAAAUGGUACCUUAAUCCUGAAAUUCCUGGACAGACGUGAACUUCAAUCCGCUCGUUUGUUGCACAAGUUCUCAAACAUGGCUGCUGUGACUGUUUGCGCUCGCCUUCAUUUUAGUCCUACUUGCCAUGGGCCUUCCACUGUGCUUUCUUAUUCCAUACGCUCCUUCAUUAACGAGUUCCAGCUCCGAGCCAGAAUCAUGCCAAACCAACCCGUUCAGCUUGCUCUGUUGGUGCACGGUAAACAUGGCCCCUACCUAUCAGCCUUCGCCAACGAUGCCUCCUGGCAUUCUGUGUGUGUGAGCUGGACUGGAAAUGGUGGCAAGUGGGCAAUCUCAGUGGAUGGUCAGGAAGUUAGACGUGGUAUUUCCCUCUACUCAUCAGGCUACAUUGGGGGCGGCGGCAUUUUCAUCAUAGGCCAAGAACAAGACGCGUUUGGCAGCUCCUUCAAAAGUGACGAGGCCUUCUGUGGCAGCAUUACCCAGCUGCACAUGUGGGAUCAGGUGCUGGAUGCCAGUGAAAUCCGAACCAUGGAAAAAGAGUGUUCAGUCAUUCCUUCUGGCCUGCUUUUUAGAUGGGGCAGAUCUCGGUUGGAAAUGACACCUUCUCUACAGACUCACUGGGGAUACAUCCAGUGUCAAGAACAUUCCCAGAUGCCAAAAAAUGAGAACUGCAUAACAUUUCACCCUGGCAGUGGAGACUGGUCCUGGGUCAACUGUGAUACACAAAGGGGAGGUGUAUGUCAAUUUCAUAAAGAGCUCUUGGGUGACAUUGGCACAUCCAAAUUUCCCAAUACCCCAUUUUUUACACAAAUCAGCAAAGAUCUUCAUGCCAACCCUGAGUUGGAAGACCAUAAUUCAUCUUCAUCCACAGAGCACGAAUUGAAUUGGCUGAGUUCUCUUGCUCAAUCUGUUCUGGAGGCUAUUGAGACUGAUCCAGACAUCAUCACACCAUCUGACAUGCUGCACCUCACUCAAACCAUUGAGCAGGCUGCAGCUUCUCAAGUUAAUAAAACAUCUGUCCCUUCUGGAGUCCUUAGGUCCAUGGUUUCCAGCUACCUGAUCCUUGCCAGUGGACUCAUUGAUCCUGUCUUGGCCAGGCAAUGGUUGGAUAUGAAGCCAUUGGGUAUUAACCUUAGACCAUUUAUGGUUAUCGAGAGUAUUGAAAAAAUACUUUGGGCUCUGGCUGAUAAAAUCUUCGCAGACAUGAAAAGCUUUGCACUUUUAACCAAAAACAUAGAUGUUCUUAUGGAGCCACGAGAAUUAUCUCAUGCUAACUGCAGUAAUGUGUAUAAACCCUCAACACAUGUUAAUCACUCCAGGAGCCAAGAGGAAAUCCUCAUUUCAGAGACAGAGGUCCAGAGACUUUAUUCCCUAGGUCACAAGAAUGUGAUGUUCAUUCAUACUUACUACAGCCACGUGAUGGAGGUGCUGUCCAGAACUGAAUCAGAAGCAUUUACAAACAAGUACACAGAGAGUGGACAAUCUGUGACAGGUCACAUGGCUACAGCAGUCAUAUCAGCCACAGUGCGAGAUGUGUCGAGGGAAGAGAAUAUUCCAGUGUCUGUGCAGUAUACUUUGUCUACUGUAAAAGUGGUGGAGUCUUCCAAGCUGGUCACACCUUUGUGUAUUUUCUGGAAUGUCAGUUCAGUAGCUCCCAGUGUGAGCGAUUGGUCAGACAAAGGCUGUAAAGUGUUGUACUCCGGACCAAAUCUCACGUCCUGCUUUUGCAACCACACCACCAACUUUGCUAUCCUCAUGAAUUACAUGGAGGCUAGGUGGAGUGAAGAGGAGGCGAUGGUUCUGAGCAAGCUGACAUUUAUAGGAUCAGGAGCAUCACUCUGUGCUCUCGUGGUGACCUUGAUGCUGCUUACCGUGCUAGAUAUUCCAAAAUCAGAGAGGACAUCCAUCCACAAGAAUCUGUUCAUCUCUCUGGCCUUUGCCCAAAUAGUCCUUCUCUGCAGUGGCUCUGCCGUUCAUAAUAAGGUGGCCUGCACAAUGGUGGCAGCUCUGCUCCAUCUGUUCUUCAUGGCAGCGUUUAGCUGGAUGUUGGUGGAGGGGCUGCUGCUCUGGAGCAAGGUGGUGACUGUUAACAUGAGCGAGGAUCGCCACAUGAAAUACUACUACCUGAUUGGCUGGGGUCUUCCUGUCCUGAUAGUCUCCAUUACUCUGGCCUCGGCCUCAGGGGACUACUCAGCAGACAAGUACUGCUGGCUCAGUGUACACAAUGGAGUCAUAUGGAGUUUUGUUGGCCCAGUCAUCUUUAUCAUUAUGGUAAACAUGAUGGUGUUGACACGUGUGGUUUUCAUCACCAUCUCCACAGCCAAGAGAAGAUCUCUGAUGAUGGCAGACAGCACUAGUCCCAUCGAACAGGUGUCCGAACAGAUAAGGGCGGGGGUCAAAGCAGUGCUGGUUUUGAUGCCAAUUUUAGGCCUGACCUGGCUGUGUGGAGUUCUCGUGCCUUUCUCCAUCAUCAUAGCCUACAUCUUCAUCCUCCUCAACUCACUGCAGGGUCUCUUUAUCUUCCUGAUAUAUGGCGUGUACAACACGGAGAUACGUAGCACAGUCAACAGGAUCAAGGAACGGAGAAAAGCCAGAAAUUUUUCUAUCUGUGGCAGCUCCAGACUGUCCAGCUCCAUAACUAACUCUCAGCCUGGCAGCUCCCCGGUGCCGGGCACGUUGGGUCGGCAUGACUUCGGUGCCAAUCAGCCGGGAAGCCUCUCCACGUCCAGUGAUUGCGGCAGCCUGAGCUUCAGCACUGGGAGCGAGUACAGGGCAGAGCCUCGCCCCCACCUCAGCUACUCAGACCACAGCCGCAGCCUCUACCAUCCUGUUGCACUCACAUCCAUCAUCAUGAAAUGCUUCGAGAGGCUCGUCAUGAGGCACUUCAAGACCCUGCUGCCCCACUCACUGGACCCACUGCAGUUCACGUAUUACACCAACCGCUCAACAGAUGAUGCCGAGAGCAUGGAGAGACCACUCUCCGCUGAACAUCGAUGGCUUAUCGUGGAGAUCGUCAAGAGCACUAAAUUCUUUGGUGUUUACCUGAUGGAGAACCUCACCUGGAACUUCACCAGCAGCGCCUUUACUUUCAGCAAAGGCUGA